AUGAUUUUCUACAUGCAGCGUUGGGCAGUGUGGGACACAACCGUGUUCAUAGAGGGCAUGGGUAGCUUGAGGUUCAUCCUGGUGUCCAAUGAGGCAGAGGUCCGGAAGGCUGGUGGCGGCCAGAACUUGAUGGUGGUCAACCAGGUGGCAGAGGAGGUGCAGAAGCAGGCCACCCCCCUUCUGAAGAGGGUUGUCCAUGGGUGGUUGAAAGAGCGCCCACAUCUAAAGCAAUAUACAACCAACGACAGCAUGCUCCUUUGCAGGCUGAAGGCCAUCAAAGCCAUACACAGCUCAACACCUUCAGUGAAGCUGGCAAGCUGCACAGCCAUGGCCAAAGCUUUGCACCGGAGUGCAGAGCUUGCUCCAGUGGCUUCUGCAAUCAAGGAGCUUAAACUGAAGCGGCCGCCAUUGAGUGCCACAAGUCCAGAAAUGACACCUGUACAACUGGCCAAGGCCACUGCAUUCGAGCGGCUGCAGCCCCCAGGGAAGCGGUGCUGA